GAUUAUUCUUAAUUUUUCUCUUUGGUGAUUUUGUUGUGAUUAUGAUACUGAUUUCGCGGUUACACAGUCUGAGAUGGGUGACGGUGGUUUCGUUGAUCGGCAACUCUCUCCUCAUUCUUCUCGCCGCUUCUCUCUUCCUCAUCGCUUUCCCUUCAUGCCAUCGCCGCCUCCUUAUUCCCUUCCUUCUCCUCUCUCUCUUCUCUCUUCUCAGAAUCCUCACCACUUUCUGCAUCGCUCUCGCUCAAAAAGCCACCGCCAUGACCAUCGUCGAAUCUCCCGCCCUAGAUGCCACUCCUGUCGUCGACACCGUUGUUCGCCACGAAAGAAGGAUGAGGUAUAAAAGAUGGCUUUGGUGGACAAGGUUUGGAAUGUUUGUUACUAUGCUGCAAUUUAUUGGUGCAACUUACCUUGUGUUCACAAUUGCUACCUAUGUUUCUCAUGAAAACGAUUCAAGUGAUUGCAUUUUAGGGUUAGUACCGGGCAGUUGCCAAUGGAAGCAGCAUUUACUUAUUUUCUUUAUGUUCUUGGCAUGCGCUAUUACAAUACUACAUUGUUUUACGGGGUCUGAAGUUCUAAAGUGGAGAUCAUACUAUGGAACCAAAGAUGAUGCAUGGAAAUCCCAUUACAGGGAGGUCUUUGAUCAUGGUAUUCGUGAAGUUUUGUGCUGCCUUGGACGUGCCAAAUACUUGAGUGCCUUGGAGGAAGAUGAAGUUUUCUCAGUAGCUCGAUUACUUGGGGAUCUUGUUGCUUAUCGUGCAUCAGGCACUGGACAUUUGGAAUUGUUGGCAGGUCUAGCCUUAAUGCAGAAGCAAAGCGAGUCAUCGAAUUCCUAUGAUGAGUGCAUGAAAGCACCUGCAGAACAGAUUCAGGAAGCUGCAACUCUUCAUAAAUUUGCUGAAGCAGCUUAUACGGGUCCUUUACUUGAUUUUGGAAGAAACCCUUUCUUAUUUCCUUGUGUGUGGCUCUACAGACAAGGGAUUUUGAAUCCCUGGAUGCGUAACAGGCGACCGAAACUUGAUGGUGAUAACUGGUGGAGGGGGAAUGCAGCAGCCUUUCUAAAACAUACUAAAUUACCCCCAGAAGUACUUCGAAAAGGGCGUGUAAAUCAGGCAAAGUGCGAGGCAGCCUACUUUGUAAUUGUUCUGCAUCAUCUAAGAUCGGUAUUGAUUGCUGUGCGUGGAACUGAGACCCCUGAAGAUCUGAUAAUUGAUGGUUUAUGUAGAGAAUGCAUUCUUUCUGCAAAAGACUUGGACGGGAUGAUAAAUAGUGGUCAUGUUAACCCUGAAAUUAAGCAGAAAGUUGUCUCAUCUUUCCCACAUUAUGGGCACUCGGGCAUUGUUGAAGCUGCAAGGAAUCUCUUCAUACAAAUCGAAGGAAAAGAUGAAGAUGAUGAAUCCAGUUCAGACGGCCUUCUUUCUUCUCUACUGGGAGCUGGGUGUGAAUGUGAGGGUUACAAGGUUCGCAUAGUGGGUCAUUCCCUUGGAGGUGCCAUUGCUGCUGUACUAGGAAUGAGACUAUACCACAGAUACCCGAAUUUACAUGUUUAUGCAUAUGGACCCCUUCCUUGUGUGGAUUCAAUUGUAGCAGAUGCUUGCUCACCAUUUGUUACAAGCAUUGUUUUGAACAAUGAAUUCUCUUCACGCCUUUCAGUUGGGUCUGUCCUUCGACUUCGAGCAGCUGCUUUAACUGCACUUUCACAAGAUUCCACAACUGAUACAGCCAUGAUUUUUAGGCUAGCACGCCGCUUCCUCUAUGUGAGUAACUACGAAAGAACUAGUUCUGAAGUAGUGGAACCAGCUUCAAAUGGAUAUUCUGGGACAAAACGAUCCGAAAAUCAAAAUGAACACACAUAUGGAAAUCAGGAGAUAUUUGAUUCAAGAGGACGUGAGAAACAUGAUCACAACUUUUCCCUCUUCAAUGAGACCGAUAACAAGGAUUUUGUGGUUGAAAGUGAACAAAAUGAAUUCAGCAACCCUUUUGUCAGGGAAAUCAAUAGAAUUAAUGAUCCUGUAUCUGAGUUCAUGGAAUCCGUACGAUCAUCUGAAAGUGCAUCGGCUGGGAAUCCACCCGAGAUGUAUUUGCCAGGACGUCUAAUUCACGUGGUGCCACAAACUAGUAGUUUCCAUAUGUCUCUGUGGAAAGGCCAGGGAAUCCAAGAGAGAGAAAAAAGUUACAAAGCUUAUGUUGCCAACAGAGAGAGCUUCAAAGAUAUUGUUGUAUCACCAUCAAUGUUUCUUGAUCAUCUUCCUUGGAGAUGUGAUUAUGCUCUGCGAAAGGUAUUAGAAACUCAGUGCACUGCGAAUCACAACGAGUCUCAUCAUCAAAUUGUUGAUGUGUAUUAAGUAUACUGGAUUUUCUGAGAUGUGGAUGGCUGCACUAUUGUCACAAAACAAGGUUGAGGGAAGUUUGAUGUUGAUGUUGAAGUCUCAAAUUAUAGAGUGAAGCCAUGUGAUUCGCAUGUGGUGUUGGCCAUUGCUCGAUAUUCAGCUUCUGCUGAAGAACAAGAUACUGUGUGUUGUUUCUUGAUUUCCAUGAGAUAAGGGAUUGUCCUAGAAAAAUGCAGUAGCCCAAAAUUGAUCGUCUUAUGUCUAAGCAAGCUCCCCAAUCCGCAUAUACAAAGGCUUGAAGAUGAAGAGGUUCAGGUGCAUUGGCAUAGAAGAAAAGUCGUUGUCCUGGUGAGCCUUUUAGGUAUUGGAGUAUGCGGUUAGCUGCUGUGAGGUGAGGGACUAGUGGAGCUUGGAGAGUUUGUUAACAACAAACAAGAUGUUUGGCCAAGUUAUGGUAAGAUAAAGUAGCUUUCUAAUGAGACUUCUGUACUUAGUUGGAUUGGUGAGCAUUGGUCGGUUUAGUCGGGUUAACCCGUCUAAACUGAGCAUUAAUGUUUAUUUUUUUUCACAUUCAAUUGUUAUAUUUUAGUUAUUGUGGUAAUGAGAUAAAUAUAAAGAUUGAAUUUAAAGUUCAAAUCAUUCGCCAUAAAAAGAAAUAUAUUAGUUUGAACUUUCAAUUUUUUUUAUAAA